GAUAUUUUCGAUUUGCCAUUGAAAAACGAUCGUCGAGUGAAUUUAGAAAGCUGUGAGAAUGUCGUCUGUAUGCCUCAUUACCUCUGUAUAAAUGAUAUGGUGGUAACGAAUGGCACGGAAUUAUUCGAGUGGCGCAUUUCUGAAAAGUUGGUGUGUGGUAACCUUGAGAUGCCGUGUUGUGCUGAUGAUGCUAUGAAAUACUUACAUAGUGCAUCAAAUGAGGAUCAAAGUGAAGAGAUCGAUUCGUCCGAAGACCAUGAAGACGAAAACGAAGUGACUGACGAAGGAACAGCCUUAAACGAAGGAAAAUGUGGUUAUCGCAAGCAACAAAAUACAGCUACUCGAAUAAUCGAUGGCGAUGAGGCUCAACCGAACGAGUAUCCAUGGGUGGUUGGCAUUUUCUUUCGUUUAUCAUCUGGAAAUUUGCGUUACAUCGGCGGCGGCUCAUUGAUUCACGAGUCGGUGAUUAUGACAGCUGCACAUUUCCUGUUACAACUAACACCAGAACAAUUGGUGAUUCGAGCGGGUGAACAUGAUAUUUUGGAUACAACCGUCGAUAAAAAGCGUCAAGAACGAAAUGUAACGAAUAUUAUUUUGCAUGAAAAUUUGGAUGCAAACUCGCUUAUUAAUGACAUUGCUUUGAUUGUGCUUGAGAAAUCGUUCAAAUUGACCGAGGCUGUGAAUACCGUUUGUUUACCACCGCAGAGCGUUCAAACCGACAAGAAUGUUAUGUGCACUACUGGCGGAUGGGGCAAAAAUGCCGCCGAUCGACAUGGAAAAUAUCAAGCGAAACUGAAGAAAGUUGACCUGCCAAUUGUUGAACGCGGAAAGUGCGAAAAUCUGCUGAGAAAAACACGAUUGGGACCAUACUAUAAUCUGGAUAACAGUUUGAUGUGCGCUGGCGGUGGCAAACGAGAUACUUGCAAAGGUGAUGGUGGAUCACCAUUAUUUUGUAAAAUUCCACAUGACAGUGAACGAUUCUAUCAAACUGGCAUCGUAGCUGGUGGCAUCGGAUGCGGACGAAAAGUACCAGGGAUGUACGUGAAUGUCGCACAUUUCACCAAUUGGAUCUCACAACAACUUGGAUUCAUAAACUUGCACUUGAAGCCACAGAAUGUAUUGCAGUAUGAAUUGUUUGAUUGAAGCGAUGAGAAGAGGCAACGGGAAGGAGCCAUUUAGUAAAUC